AAAAGACACCAAUUUUAAUUGAGUCUUCUCGUUUUGCUCUGAUUCUUCUUAUUUCUGCGAUUAUUAUUCACUGGGACUCUCCUCUUCUCUCCGCCGAAGUAGUCACAGUUCCGGCCACCAGGCAAAGAAGAGAGGAAACGACCUGUCUCAAGUAAUGGCUCCAAGUUCAAGGUCUCCUUCACCACGGACGAAGAGACUGAGAAGAGCUCAAGGCGAGAAGGAAGGUGGAAGAAGUAGAGAGAGAGAAGACGAGAGGCAUGACGGUAGAGGAAGGGAGAAGAGAGACAAUAGGGAUGGAGAAAUGGGAAGAGAUAGGGACAGAGAGAGGAAAAGACAAGGAGACACAGAUAGGGAAAUUGGGGAUAAGAGAAGACGCUCAGGGAGAGAGGGCAGUGGUGAAAGGAAAAGGGAUGAUGAGAGACACUCUAGAGGAAGGCAUGAGAGGUCUACUUCACCGUUAGAUAGGAGUCACAGGAGUAGUAGUAGGCGUUCAGAAGAGAGAUCUAUUGCCUCAAGGCAUGAUGAGGGGUCUAUUGAAAGAAGGGGCGGCGAGGAGCUAAAUGCCGAGGAAGAUUCAGUCGCGAGGAUGAGAGCAGUUGAAGAGGCUCUGGCAGCGAAGAAAAAGGAAGAACCAUCAUUUGAGCUAUCAGGGAAACUUGCUGAAGAUACCAACAGAUACAGAGGUAUCACACUCCUCUUCAGUGAGCCUCCGGAGGCUAGAAAGCCCAGCGAAAGAUGGAGACUGUAUGUCUUUAAGGAUGGUGAACCACUGAAUGAGCCUCUCUACCUACAUCGCCAAAGCUGCUAUCUCUUUGGACGUGAGAGAAGGAUUGCUGAUGUUCCCACUGAUCAUCCAUCGUGUAGCAAACAACAUGCUGUUAUUCAGUACCGGGAAGUGGAAAAGGAGAAACCGGAUGGAAUGAUGGGGAAGCAAGUGAAGCCUUACAUAAUGGAUCUUGGCAGUACCAACAAAACAUAUAUCAAUGAAAAUCCUAUUGAACCACAGAGAUAUUAUGAGCUUUUUGAGAAAGACACCAUAAAGUUUGGCAACAGCAGCCGAGAGUACGUACUGUUGCACGAGAAUUCUGCUGAGUGAAUGAAUUCAGAGUCAAGCAGCGACUGAUAUCACAAGAUUAGAUACUUGCGUUUCUCAGGGAUUUUAGAGAUGUUUGAGCAGCUGCAUGUCUGUUUUCUACUGUACUGAUGACAAUCUCAGACAUUAUGUUAAUAACCAUUUAGAAAGCUUUUGCGUACUUGUUCUAUAACAAUUGAUGAUGAACGAUUGGUAGGAGAAAAAGGUUAACUU